UUAAAUUUGAAGGGAAUUUAUUCAGGCAAACCAAAACAGUCCCGGGGUCCUUGAGUCCUGCAUGACGUCAUCAAGCCUCCCUCGGUCCUUGGUGGGGAAACGUGGAGGACUUUACUUCACGGUGUGUUGUGGAUUUCCCAUCAAAAUAACUCAAAGAUCAUUGGGCUACACAAAGAUCCUCUGACAUACACUGACCUGUCAAGUUGACAAGAAUGGAGUACAUGCAAGCUCCUGCCACAAGCAGCCAGGGGAAUAUCCUGUGCUGUACCUGUGGCGUCCCCAUUCCUCCCAACCCAGCCAACAUGUGUGUAGCCUGCCUGCGUACUCAGGUAGACAUCUCAGAGGGAAUCCCCAAGCAAGUCACAGUGCACUUUUGCAAGCAGUGUGAAAGGUACUUACAGCCUCCAGCCAGCUGGGUGCAGUGUGCCCUGGAGUCCAGGGAACUGCUGGCCCUUUGCCUGAAAAAGAUUAAGAGCUCUAUGACCAAAGUGCGUCUCAUUGAUGCAGGCUUCCUAUGGACAGAGCCACACUCCAAAAGGAUUAAGAUGAAAGUGACCAUCCAGAAAGAGGUGAUGAAUGGCGCUAUCCUACAGCAGGUGUUUGUGGUCGAGUUUGUCAUCCAGUACCAGAUGUGUGACGACUGCCACCGUGUGGAAGCCAAGGACUUCUGGAAGGCCGUGGUUCAAGUUAGGCAGAAGACCAUUCAUAAAAAGACAUUCUACUAUCUAGAGCAGCUGAUCCUCAAGCAUAAACUCCACCAGAAUGCCCUCAACAUCAAAGAAAUCCAUGAUGGGAUUGAUUUCUACUAUGGCACCAAGCAGCACGCUCAGAAGAUGGUCGACUUCCUCCAGUGCACCGUCCCCUGCAGGUCAAAAACAUCCCAGCGCCUCAUCUCUCACGACAUUCAUUCAAACACAUACAACUACAAGAGCACCUUCUCCAUGGAGAUCGUACCUGUCUGCAAGGACAACGUAGUGUGCCUUUCACCACGGCUGGCGCAGAGCCUGGGGAACAUGGGUCAAGUGUGUGUGUGCGUCCGUGUCACCAGCACCAUCCACCUCAUCGAUCCCAACACCCUGCAGAUUGCCGAGGUUGAUGGGAACACAUACUGGCGUAACCCCUUCAACAGUCUCUGUAACCCACGGCAACUGGAGGAGUUCAUCGUUAUGGACACCGACAUCAUCAGAGACCAGAAGCUGAGUGCUGGAGCCGGCAUGAGGUCCAAUAAGCACACCCUGGCUGAGGUGUGGGUUCAGAAAACAUCAGAGAUGGACACCAGUCAGCAGUAUCACUGCCGUACAUUCUUGGGCCACCUGCUCAACAUCGGAGACCUGGUGAUGGGGUUUGACUUCGCCAAUUCCAACGUCAAUGAUGAGUACCUGAAUAAGAUGAACCCUCACCAUGUUCCUGAUGUGGUGCUGAUCAAGAAGAGCUACGACCGCACCAGGAGGGUGAAGCGCAGGAACUGGAAACUGCAGGAGAUGACCAGAGACCGUGAGGGCAUGGACACAGAUGAUGAGAGACAAUACCAGGACUUCCUGGAGGACCUGGAGGAGGAUGAAGCUCUGAGGAAGAAUGUUAACAUCUACAGAGAUGCAUCAAAGAUCCCAGUGGAGAGCGACACUGAUGAUGACGGAGCACCACGUAUCUCCCUGGUGGAGAUGCUGGAGGAGCUCAGCCUAACAGAUGCCACAGGGGAAGAGGGUGCCGACAUGAUGACAGACUAGCCAGUCUUCAUCCUGCCUGUGUGACACCAACAGCUGAUCUGUCAAAUACAGGUCCGCUGAUGAUGCAGUGACACAAUUACACACAGAGCUGAGGCCUCUGACUUUGAACUGACAGCAGAUUGAGGACUGAUUGAACCAUUGACAAAAUCAUGUUUCAUACUGAAAGAAUUCACAGCUCAUCAGACUGUGGUGUAAUGCCUCAUUACAGUUAAAACCCAUAAACUGUGGGUUAUAAUAGUGCCACUUAGUAACAAAUACAUUUCAGCUGAGAACUGGACUUUCUGUUGUUUCAACUGAUCAUUUAUCUCGUCCACCUCAUCUCUGGAUUUCUAUCUCUACACUGGGCCUACAAAAUUAACUUUUUCAGCAAUUUCUAAAGUACUCUUCUAAUGUAAAAUUUUGAAGUGAUGUGGAAAUGGAAUGCUUCUAGUUCACUAUAUCAAAAUAAACAUUUGUCCUAAUACACACUUUUCAUAGAUAUUUUCUGUUUGAGGAUGUAAAAGACAUUAGUUGUGUCUCUAGUCCACACUACAUACUGAUUCUAUACAGUAUGUACUACAUACAAAUCAUCAUAGAAAUUAUAUAAUAUGUGUCAAAUGUCAAUUAAACUGCAGCUUUGGAAAGCUACUGCCUAUUAAACUUAGGAAAACACAUUUUGAUGUCUUUUUGCUAAGAUUUAAUACUUAAUUUUGUUGUCCAAAAUUUUUUUGGAGCAGUUUCACCACCAUUCACAAUUUAUUAAAAUACUUACCUGUUGUGAGCAACUACUCGGUUGUGCACUGUGGGGGGACAGUGUGCAUCAACAGCACACUAAAUAAUCGACCCUAUUAAGUUUGUACACUGUCAGUAUCAGUAUGUAGGAAUUGGGACACAGUGAUUUCAUUGUCAUGUACUUUGCUGUUCAUACCCACCAGAGGGAGCUUUGGGCCACUAAGAAAAGGAUGGUAAUGCAUUCAAAUAGCCACACUUGUAAGCCCAGCCAAGCCUGUUAAUAGCUUAAUUUGGAUAUGAUGGGCAAUUAUUCAAAUACUCACCCAGCUGCAUUGUCUUUUCAGCCAGAGAAGGUGCUGUCUGUGCUCUGAUAUGGGGUGAACCUUGAAAAUAAAAAUUUGAAUCAAG